AUGACUCUCGAGGCCACAGAUGAUGAGAUUCAAGCACUGGGUAUCCCAAUGAACCAAAUCUAUCUCGGUUCCGCUGCAACUGUUGUCGAAGAGUGUGAUAACCCACCAGACUUUUCGGGACUCAUUGUAUUCAAAGAGGUCAUGAGGAGCACUUUUCCAGGGUAUCAUCUACCUCACAUGUGGCUUGCUGCAGAUGAUCAGUCUGAACGAACAGCCACUCACACCUUUCGUACACUCACUUUCAUUUACUUCGUCAAGCUGGUUGAGAACUAUCAUACCAAGUGCAAAUAUGAAUCAUCAUCGAAACAAUAUGAUUGGCAAAGUCGCCUUUAUCAUUGGCGGCACGGCAUCACAGGUUCUGCGAUUUUGGAAUACCUAGUUCCAAAUACGACUUCGGAGCAAUGGAACAAAAUCAUCGUCACAUCACGGUCGCAAUUUAAAGUAGCCGUCAAAGAUCUUCGGAUAGAACUCAUUGCUUUGGACUUUUCGAAAGAUUCCGCGGAGCUGGCCAAGAGCAUGCGCGAACUCUGCGCAACCGUCACGCAUGCCUGCUUUUCAUCGUAUGUGCACCGAGACGACUUUGCAGAGUUGAAUAAAGCGAACAGUGCAGUUUUUGAAACUUUAUUAAAGGCUUUGCUAGAGGUUGCUCCGGUGCUUGAGAACAUUACUCUUCAGACGGGAGGCAAGCAUUACAAUGUCCAUCUCGGUCCAGUCCCAUCGCCAGCACGCGAAGACAAGCCACAUCGGGAGGCUAGCGUCGACAAAUUUUCCUUCCCGCAAGAAGAUGCUCCCAUCGCUGCUCAAAAAAGUCAGAAAUGGACUUGGAAUGUCAUCCGCCCGGAAGCAAUUAUCGGACACACCUUGAAACCGACCGACAUGAACUCUGCUUUGACAUUUGCUUUGUACUUUUUGGUGCGUAAGGAGUUGGAAGUAGUGGCAAAAAUGCCGACAAAUCAACAAUACUGGGCAGGAUACGACGAUGUGAGUGACUCUCGGCUGAUUGCUGAUCUCAUAAUCUUCGCUUCAACACAUCCGCGUUGUGGUAACGAGGCAUUCAAUAUCACAAAUGGCGAUUACUUCAGUUGGCAAUAUAUAUGGCCAGGAUUGGCAAGCCGCUUUAGGACAAAUUCUCGAUCUGGUCAGGAGUUCAAGAAACCACUGCCGGCGGUUGGAGAUGCGCAGCUAGAGUUAAGUCUUGCAGAAUGGUCAAAAGAUAGGCGAGAGGUAUGGGAAAAGAUUUGUGAAAGAGCAGGAAAACCAGAAGCGAAAUCUACGUGGGAUGCAGGGACCUGGGCAUUUCAAAAUUAG